CUUUUUAAAAUUCGGUUACUUUUUUCAAAUACGUGAACCUUUUUAAAAUACGGUUACUUUUUUCAAAUACAUGAACCUUUUUAAAAUUUGUGUACUUUUUUAAAAUCUGCAUACUUUUUCCAAGUUCAUAUACUUUUUUAAUUAUGCAUAUUUUUUAAAGUUCAUCUAGUUUUUUUAAAUUGAUGUACCUUUUCAUAUUCGAGUACAUUUUUUUGGAAAGAGUUCAUGAAUUUGAAAAGUUUAUGCGAACUGGAAAAAAGUACGCGGAUAUGGAAUUUUUUACGCAAAAAUAUGUGGAUUUCAAAAAUUAUUUCAGCUUGAAACAAGUACGUGAAUUUCAAACAAAGUUCAUGGAUUAGCAUAAAAGGAACACAUAUUAUAAAAGUAUGCAAAUUUCAAAAUAGUUCGCUGAUUUGAAAAAAAGUAUGUUUAUUUUUGAAAAAUACGCGAGCUUGAUAAAAUUACGUAGAGUUGAAAAGUGUAUGUGAAAUUCAAAAAGUUCACGGACAUAAAAAAAUUACACAAAUAUGAGUGAGCACCGGUCAAAACCGGGGUGAGUCAGCACCAAAACCGGUCAAAACCGAGUCCAGGGACGAACCUUGUUCGGUUUCGGUAGUUGGGGGUGCAAGUUGUCCGGUUUUGAAGUUGAGGGACCAAAUCUAGACUUCACCAAGAGUUGAGGGACGAAAAGUAUACUUUUCUCAACUGAGUAUGAAGCUAUUUGUACCCUGAAUACCAGUGCUCCUACACCUUAAGGGACGGGCCGACGGCAUACAAGCCAAAAUUGCAACAUAUUUCAGUGUUACCUUUUUGAGAUCUGACCUUGUGUCCUGUUUUAUGUCUAUGAGCAGGAAGUGAUCCCCAUUUAUCACUGAGAGAGAACCCGUCAAUUCACAUCCAUGAGAUGAAACCAGUGCAGUUAUCAGGAGUUUCAAAGAUAUCUGGGGCCCUGGCACUGCUACUUAAAGCUGCCAUCCAGUUUAUCAUGCUGAUUUGGUUUCUCUGCUUUAAGAUUCCUCGCCCUGAUGUCUUCAUUGUUCAGAAUCCACCCUCCGUUCCAACAUUGGCUGCUGUAAAACUGGUUAGCUGGCUAAGAGGUGCUAAAUUUAUUGUGGAUUGGCAUAACUUUGGAUAUACUUUGCUUGGGUUGUCUCAUGGCAGAAGUCAUGUAAUAGUCAAAAUCUAUUUCUGGUUCGAGAAGCACUUUGGGCGGAUGACUGAUGGUGCCUUUUGUGUUACGAAAGCAAUGCAACAUGAGCUUUCUCAAAAUUGGGGAAUCAAAGCAACAGUUCUUUAUGAUCAUUCUCCUGAAUUUUUCCAUCCUGCUUCCUUGGCGCAGAAACAUGAGUUGUUCUGCAGGUUGGGUAGUUCCAUUUGUAGUGCUAUGGGCAGUGCUGAUUGCAUCUCUGUUGAAAAAGAAGUGGAAGACAAGAGCACUACUGUACUUACUAGCAAGAUUGAUGGUGGAGUUUCUUUGAAGCCUAAUAGACCUGCGCUUGUUGUGAGCAGCACAAGCUGGACACCAGAUGAAGAUUUCAGUAUACUUCUGGAAGCAGCACUGAUGUAUGAUAGACGUGUUGCUGCAACAUUAGGUGAAGAGGAUUCAAUGGAUGAGGGGAAGCUUUGGAUUGAUAUCAAGAACGGGAAGCAAUUUGAUUACCCAAGAUUGCUUUUUAUUAUCACAGGUAAAGGGCCUGAUAGAAAGAAAUAUGAGGAACAAAUAAAAAGGCUAAAACUGAGACGUGUUGCCUUCCGGACUAUGUGGCUUGCAUCGGAGGACUAUCCUCUAUUGCUAGGAUCAGCUGAUCUAGGCGUAUCGUUGCAUACAUCCUCGUCGGGGCUUGAUCUACCUAUGAAGGUGGUUGAUAUGUUUGGAUGUGGAUUACCAGUUUGUGCUGCUUCAUUCUCCUGCAUCGAGGAGCUUGUGAAAGUAAACAGAAAUGGACUUCUUUUCUCAACAUCUUCGGAGCUUGCAGACGAACUUAUGAUGCUCUUUAAGGGAUUUCCAGAGGAAUGUGACACCUUGAAAUCUCUGAAAGAUGGUGCCUUGAGUACAGGGUCAUCUUCCAAAUGGUCAACAGAAUGGGAAACUAAUGCACUUCCUUUGGUGAAGCAGGUGAUUGGCUAAAACACCACAAUAAUAUUGAUCAGAUGGGCAGAAGGAUGGUUUUGUUGCCGGCCUGAAUAUCUGCCAAUUCCAUAGUUUAUAGGUGUAUUUAUUGUACACUUGAGUGACCAGAUGUACAUUUGAUGGUUGAGGAGAAAACAUGUGCAUAUAUCAGUUUACUCACUCGCCCCAGUUGCUUCUUCGUUCAGUUGCCACCCAAGGGCAUAGAUAGGUGUUCGUCGUAGCAGAACCUACCACCAAUACCCUCAGGGACCUCUACCCAACCAACUCCAACUGUCUAAAUGAGAAGGUGUUGAGCAUAUGUCCAAGUUGUUUCAGCAUGUAUAGCUACUGAUCCAUUAGAGUUUAGCGGCAGUUUUUGUUGUUGUUGUUGUUGUUGUUGUUGUUGUAAGGAUCCUGAAUUGUGUGUCCAGUCACAUAACAAAAACAAGGCAUUGACAAGCAUACUGUGACACUGGCAUUGAGACCAACUGUCGAAAUAUUUUGGAUACAUAACAUGUGCAUGUACCCAAAUAAA